CACACAAGGAGGAUCUGAUGGGACUGUGUGCAGGACAACAGCACUAACUCGGAGACGAGGAAAUGGGCGUUUGCUGAAGCUGACCCCAAAAAAAUCCUCCAAUUUACUGGUGAGCCGAAAAGAGCGGAGAGCAGAAGCAGACCUGGACGAACACAGCAAGAGUCCAUACACACUGUAUUCGCUUCUGCUGGAUUUGGAUCACUUUUGGUGCCGCUGAUCAGCAUGGCGUCCCUUCUGGUGUUUGUCACCCUGCUUCAUCUCAUCAUACUGGCCGUUCUCUUCAUCGCCACCAUGGAGAAGUCCUGGUGGGUUUGGGACGGCACGGAACACUCGGACCUCUGGUACAACUGCAGAUUUGACAACGAAACGGAGGCGUGGUUCUGCGCGUCGUCCGAAGAGACGGAGUGGCUUCAGGCCGUGCAGGUCCUGAUGAUCCUGUCGGUGGUUUUCUCCGCCAUUUCGUUCCUGAUAUUCCUGGGUCAACUCUUCACCAUGUCUAAAGGAGGACUCUUUUACCUCACCGGCGUCUGCCAGGCGUUUGCCGGCCUCAACGCCUUCACGGCCGUGCUCAUUUACACGCUGCACAGCGAAGAAAUCCUGGCGGACUCGCGCGAGCUGAGCUCGGGACGCUUCGGGUACUGCUUCUACUUGGCGUGGGUUUGUGUGCCUCUGCUCCUGUGCAGCGGAGUCAUGUACAUCCAUCUGAGGAAAAGGGAAUAAAAACGAGUCUCCUAAAAACAGCCAAGCCACGUGAAGAAUGUUUGCUGUUGAUAUACUCCGCUGAGCGAUUAUAUACUUCUUGCGAGACUUAUUUUUUUUGACUAUUUAGACUGUAUUUAGCCGUAUAUAAAUAUACAAAACUGAAACGGAGGAUCAGCGCGUUUUAGUUAACUCUUAAAGGGCAAGCACGACUAAUCUAUCUGAUUAGCUCAAUUAUAUCUAAUUUAAUAAUAAAAGAGGCCCAGCUUAAUCUCGUUUCGUCCUGAAGGGUACUUGUAAACAUGGUAUCCAUACGCUAAAGUUUUACUAUGUAUUUUUGCAAAUAAAUUCGAUUAAGCGAUUAA